AUUUUAUUUUCAGAGGUAACAUGGCGCCUUUUAGAUCUCAUUACGAUUCAUUUCUGUUCAUGAGAAAUAAUUCUAUUCAACGACGACGGUUUGCGAACGAGCAGGACGGAUUAUUUUCUGACGAUGCAAGAGUAAGUUUACUAAGAAGAGAUGCAACGGAUCCUGAGGUUCCUGAUCCCGUUGCUCCGGCCUGGGCAGGACGGGUUGAGGGAUUAAACUAUCAGAUCUCAAGGGUUGAGAAAAAGGUUGAAGAACUUGAUGUUCUCCAUAAAACCCAUCUCUCCCGACCCAACCUGGAUGAUGAGGACGGAGAAGAAAGAAAUAUUCAGAAACUAACUCAGGAAGCUACAACGAUGUUUACUGGUUGUCAGCGUCAGUUAAAGCAGCUGCAGGAGAUGAGUAGAAGAGCAGGAGGGAAGGAGGGAAUCAUUGUCAGAAAUAUUGUUAUUAAUCUAGUCAACAGAUUGCAAGAAAUUACAGGAAAAUUUCGAGUUAGCCAAGGAGAUUAUCUUAGAAGAAUAAAAGCGAGAGAGGAAAGAUCAGAGCAAUAUUUUUCCUCUUUUCAAGGAGAGGACGAUGACGGUUUAUUGAUGGACGAACCUGCCCGUGUACCUUGGUCAAAACAGGACUUUAUUCAGUUUGAAGAAAAUAACAAAUUUUUGAGAAAGCGUGAGGCUGAAAUUACUCAUAUAGUUGAAUCAAUACAGGAUUUAAAUACAGUAUUCAAGGAACUGGCACAGAUGGUGUCCGAACAGGGUGAGAUCGUAGACAGGAUAGAUUACAAUAUAGAGUCAGCUGGGUUCAAGGUGGAACAGGGUCUUAAACAAUUACAGAAAGCAGAGAAAUAUCAGAGUAAAAACCGAAAGAUGAAAUGUAUUCUCCUUCUGACUGGUGUAUUCAUCUUCCUCGUUCUUAUUCUCAUCAUAUCUAAAUCUUAGACAAACUUGCUUUUUUAUUAAUUGAUUGAUUGAUUACCUCAAUUUUGAUAUUGUUAAUAUUAUUUAAUUAGAUUUUACUUAGUUUUUUUGUUGCCUUAUGCUAAUUAUCGAAGUUUAUUAAAACAAGGUCUUGAAAUUAUUGUUGAAUUAAACAUGUUGGAAAAAAGACGAUGAUUUCACAACUUUUUUUAAAUGAAUUAGUAUAUUAUUAGUUCUACACUUUUCAUAAAACUUUAAUUCUUUUAAAGGCCCAGUUUAAAAUUAGCAUAAUAUAAAAUUGUCUGUCCAAUAGGUUAUAGUUCAGAAUAGAACCCGGCUGAAAAGAUAUUAAAAAAAAUAUUUAGAAUGUUUCGUUGUUGAUUUUAUACCUGUCCCGAGAUUUUAAAAGUAGAAACAUAAAAGAUUUUACGAAAAUAACAAUCAUCAGCUUCUGAAGACUCAAGCCUUAAAGAGGGUAAAACCCAAGAGGGUUGGUUCUUACUAAACUCAAGGCCAUCCAAAACCCGGGUCUUUACUUGAGCUUUACUUGGGUCUAAGCAGACGCAAAGACCGGGUUUUAGUCGGGUUUAAGCUUUUAAAAUCUCAUCUCUGGAUACCAUGUACUUGGUAUAAGCAGUAAUUAAUCGCUAUUCUGAAAGUGCAUUGUUGUCCCAACAACAACUUUGCCAAAUAAAUUUUCUAACCUUUGA